GAAACCGAGGCCCCUCGACGGUUGUAUAGAGAAAUGAGGCUCAAAUCGCAAUGUUUGAUCACAGGCUGAACGCCUUUGCUAAUUGUUUGCUCACGGUACAGAAACAGCAAGAUGACUACAGCCUCCCAACAAAUCCCCGCUGUCGUGAGACCUCUAGUCAGCGAGCGCGCAAAGAAGACUCUUGAUAUCGUUGAGAAGUUUGUCAACGAAGAGUGCAUCCCCGCAGAUGCCGUGUACAAAGCACAGCUGGGCCAGGGCCCUGGCCGCUGGUGCUAUCCGCCCGUCAUGGACGACUUGAAAGCCAAAGCGAAAGCGCUCGGGCUGUGGAAUAUGUUCCUCGCAAAGGGCCACUACAAAGAGGGCGCCGGCUUCACGAACCUCGAGUACGGCCUGAUGUGCGAGCAGUUCGGCCGCUGCGUAACCGCCUCUGAGGCGACGAACAACGCCGCGCCCGACACAGGCAACAUGGAGCUGCUGGCCAAGUAUGGCACCGAAGCGCAGAAGAAACAGUGGCUGGAACCGCUGCUGCGUGGCGACAUUCGGAGCUGCUAUGUCAUGACCGAGCCGGACGCGGCGUGCAGCGACGCAACCAACGUCCGACUCAGCAUCAAGCGCGACGGCGACAGCUACGUGCUCAACGGCCAGAAGUGGUGGAUCAGCGGCGCCGGCAACCCGCGCUGCGCCGUCUACAUUGUCCUGGGCAAGACCGACCCCAACCACACCGACAAGCACAAGCAGCAGUCCAUCAUCAUCGUGCCCUCCAACACCCCCGGUAUCGAGGUCAAGCGCAUGCUCUCCGUCUACGGCUACGACGCCGCCCCGCACGGCCACGCCCACCUCGUCUUCACAAACGUCCGCGUCCCCGCCGCCAACAUCGUGCUCGGCGAGGGCCGCGGCUUCGAGGUCAUGCAGGGCCGCAUGGGCCCCGGCCGCAUCCACCACUGCAUGCGCUCCAUCGGCGCCGCCGAAGAAGCCCUCCGCUGGCUCCUCACCCGCGCCAACGCCGCACACAAGACCCCCUUCGGCAGCCCCCUCGCCUCACAAGGCGUAAUCCGCUCCUGGACCGCGUCCUCGCGCCUCUCCAUCAGCGCCGCGCGCCUAACGGUCCUCAACGCCGCCGCCGCCAUCGACGCCGGCAGCGCCAAAUCCGCACUCGCCGACAUCGCCGCCGCGAAGAUCUUCGUGCCGCAGGUCGCCCUCGAGGUUAUCGAUCGCGCGGUGCAGAUCCACGGCGCCGAGGGCGUGGGCCAGGAUACCCCGCUCGCGGCUAUGUGGGCGCAUGCGCGCACCGUGCGCAUCGCGGAUGGGCCCGAUGAGGUGCAUUUGGAGCAGUUGGGGCGCCGGGAGAAUGGGCGCGCGGUGGAGGCGGCGGGGUUGCUGAGGUGGCAGGGGGAGCGGGCGGAGGCGCUGUUGGGGCAGUGGGGGGUCGCGGAGAGUGGGCCGUGUCCGACGGUGUAUGCGAAGCUGUAGUACCUAGUAGGCAGGGGGAGCUGCUGGAGGUGGGUGUGUACUGUUUUUGGGCUGGUAGAUGAGUCAGGAUGGAGUUGUUCUGCCCGGCUCAUACGCGUCCUGCGGUCACCACAUCCCUCUCACCAGACUCACUCGAAGGACACUGAAUGUAAAUCUUGCAUUGCAACAGCGUGCCUGAAAACUGCCACACAGUUGCCAAACGUAGCCUGUGUAGAUAGCCUUGCAGUCCUCUACUUUCAAGAGACGUUACACAAAUGAAUCCGGAGCCGAUCUGCCACUGUCCUCAACGUGCCUACUCCAAAUAACAAGGAAUCCCAUAAACCACCGCAGCAGCCCCAUUCAAAUACCUCAAAUAACACGCGCCCCUAGC